GACAGACUGACCAGCUCCCCUCAACCACUAGAAGCACAGCUGCUGCGUGGAUGCGUGGAAGACACCCCCACCGCACUGGGUGGAAGGGAAUGAAGUUUUCCAAGAGACGAGCCUGGAUCCAGCUGUGAGAAGAUGCGUUUCCCCCUCACACAAGUUGCUCUUUGGAUUUGCUGAUUUUUUAUUAUUUUUUUAUGUUUUAUUAAUUUAUUUUUUCAAGUUAUUCUGCGGGGACAGGGAGGAUGCUCCCACAAGUCAUUCGGAUUCUUUAUGUCUUGUCUUUUUGCGUCUUCCAAGGAGGAUUCAUCAGAUUGAGCUCCUGUAAGGAGGAGAUAAAGCCCCCCGGCAGGGCUGGACCACAGCUUUCACCUUCCGACUUCCUGGACAAGCUCAUGGGGAAAACAUCAGGAUACGAUGCACGCAUCAGACCCAAUUUCAAAGGUACACUGUAUUCCAAGGACUACAGGCUCAAUGUUUUUCUAAGGCAAAUGUGGAACGACCCUAGGCUGGCUUACAGUGAAUACCCUGAUGACUCCCUGGAUCUGGAUCCAUCCAUGCUAGACUCGAUCUGGAAACCUGAUCUUUUCUUUGCAAAUGAAAAAGGAGCCAAUUUCCACGAGGUCACAACAGAUAACAAGCUGCUGCGGAUUUUCCAAGAUGGCAGCGUUCUUUACAGCAUUAGGUUGACUCUAACCCUGUCCUGCCCUAUGGACUUGAAGAAUUUCCCAAUGGACAUUCAGACCUGCACCAUGCAGCUUGAAAGCUUUGGUUACACAAUGAAUGACCUGAUCUUUGAGUGGCUGUCUGACAACCCCGUUCAAGUGGCUGAUGAUCUCACACUCCCACAGUUUGUGCUGAAAGAAGAAAAGGACUUGGGUUACUGCACUAAGCACUACAACACAGGUAAAUUCACCUGCAUCGAGGUGAAGUUUCAUCUAGAAAGGCAGAUGGGUUACUACUUGAUCCAGAUGUACAUCCCUUCACUCCUCAUCGUUAUCCUGUCCUGGGUGUCCUUUUGGAUAAACAUGGAUGCUGCACCGGCCAGAGUUGGUCUGGGUAUCACCACUGUGUUGACAAUGACCACACAAAGCUCCGGGUCUAGAGCUUCACUGCCAAAGGUAUCAUAUGUGAAGGCUAUUGACAUAUGGAUGGCAGUGUGUCUACUGUUUGUGUUUGCUGCCUUGCUAGAGUAUGCAGCAGUCAACUUUGUCUCGAGGCAACACAAGGAAUUCAUCAGGCUGAGGAAAAAGCAGCGGCAGCAGAGAAUAGAGGAGGAACUAAUGAGGGAGAGCCGAGGGUUUUACUUCCGUGGUUAUGGACUUGGUCACUGCCUACAAGCCAAAGACGGGACUGGUGUGGAAGGGCCCACGGUUUUCUCCCCUCUUCCCCCAGUUACUUUGUAUGACGGAGAAGUUCUUCACAAGCGUUUUGUUGACCGAGCUAAACGGAUCGACACAAUAUCUAGAGCUGUCUUUCCCUUGAGCUUUCUCAUAUUUAACAUCUUCUACUGGAUUACCUAUAAAGUGCUGCGACACGAGGACAUCCAUGCAAACUUGUAAAACGCUUUCUGCUGGCAUUAUGUUGAUGUUUUUCUCAGAACCAAAACUGCCUGUUUGACCCAUUACAGUGAGUAAAAAUACACACACAAAAAAAUCUGAAUUUUAAGAAGCAAUACUGCUUCUCAAAGCCAGAAUAAGAAAUGAGAACAAAGUUGUGCUCAGGUGCGCCUUAAGGAUCAUUGACGCAAAGAAGAAGAGUAUGUUUAGCUCAGUGACUUCUCAUCAGUAUCACUGGCCACCUCCUUGUAUGUUUGUUUAUUAGAGUCGCUUGGAUAAUGACAAAUCAAAAUGGUGCCAACAGCUGCAAAUGAUGGAUUAAGAAAUUAGAAAAGUUGAUCCUGGCUGAAUGAAACAUACUGACUUGAAUUUUGACACCACUCAGCUUUAAAUGAAUGUUUUUGACAAAUAAAAAGUUAAAGGAACAUUUUUAUAACUUUAGAUUAAUACAUUGGUAUAUGGGUGAUGGGGACUUUGAUAUUUAUGAAUAUUCAGUAAGUGAUGAUUGAUAUCAUUUUAAUUAUGUGAUUAAUAGAUUAUAUCUGUAUGUAUGUCUAGCAGUGUAUUAAAAUGUAUAUAAGCCAAGCUGUUCAACUCCACAAAGCACAAAUAUGUAUUUACUUUGUCAACUUUAAAUAAAUUGUUAUUCUGCCAGGAAACAAUACAGGAGUUUUCUUCUCUUUAAUCAAAGUAUUAAGGUGAAUACUUAAAAAAGUGUGCAUUAGAAACUCAAGUCACAUAUACAGACGGUGUGACGCAC